AUGGAUGAACCGCCUUCACCAUUCUUUCCGUAUUCUGACCGGUCAUCAACGCCUUCCUCCACGGAUGGAUCGCCUUCACCAACGGAUGAACCGCCUUCACCAUUCUUUCCGUAUUCUGACCGGUCAUCAACGCCUUCUUCCACGGAUGGGUCGCCUUCACCACCCCAUGAACCGCCUUCACCAUUCUUUCCGUAUUCUGACCGGCCAUCAACGCCUUCUUCCACGGAUGGGUCGCCUUCACCACUGCAUGAACCGCCUUCACCAUUGCUAAAGUCAAGGAUUCCCAGAAAGACCAUCAUUAUUGACCGCAGUGACUUCACCUCUGUUUACGACCUUGAUUGCCCUCUUCGAAAGGGAAUCUUUUAUUAUCUCCACAAGGGUGCGAUAUGCGAGCGCAACAUCUAUUCCUCCGGCAAACAUGAGCCACGAAUUAUUGGCCUGCAACAUGGGUCGUGGGGUUUCAUACGAUUUUCGUUUGUCCCCAUCAAAGGCAAUCAGAUGCUACUACUCGGAAAGUACACUAAAUUCGGGCAUUCAAUGAAGUAUCGCUUUCUAUACCUAUCAAUCCACGACAUCCGCUCCGAUAAUCGCGUUGGUCCCGCUCUGUGGUCUUUCGAGAGUCGUGUUGAUGGUGUCUUCAAUAUGUCUGACUUGGAGCUGAUAAAAACCACCAAAAGUCCCUUGGCAAUCACUUUUAGGGUGUGGUUUAGGGACCAUUGGAAGCUGUUUGAUACUACUCAAACUGACGCCUCGGAUAAUUUUAUCCCAAUUGAGUCCGGGAGAAUAGAUUUUGAUUCAAAGAUCAAGGGGCGGGACCACGAAUAUAGUCUCGUCAAGCUAUCCCCUGACAGGCGCAUUCUUCUAAACAUGGAUGUGGACGAAUACCGAUCAAAUGAAACGAUUGACAUUCACUAUUCAGAUUCUGGUGGCACAAACUUUUCCUUUGUUACCCGCAUCUCUGUUCCGAUUUCCAAAAUCCCAAAACAUCCAGCUGAUCGCCUCCAGGAUCCAAGAGUUGUGUUUUCUGCCAAUGGGUCCAAGUUUGCUAUUGCUAUGAAUGGUGGAAGAGUAUCUGUUUGGGAUAUCCAAAGCAAGGUUCCUUUGAAGACAUUCAUAGCCCCUCAGAACGACUAUGAUAUAGACGAUCUUCAAUUCAGCAGUGGAAAACUAGGAAAAGAAGUUCUGGUAUUUGUAGAGCGCAAAUCUUUCUCUGAUCCUGACAUCAUUCGAAUGAUUGAUGCAACUUUGUUUGAAAUGGAAGAAACUAUCACCUUACAAAGAUCUAAAUCGUACAUAAGAGUGGGUGCACUUUUCUUCGAUCCAAGCGGGGGAACUCUAUACGCUGAACAGAAUGGAAUACUCUAUGAGUGGGACCUGCAGAACAAUAAGUGUGGGCCUGAAUGGUGGAUCGGGGAGGAGUAG